AUGAGCGCAGAGUUCAAGAAGGAUGCAGCGAACCAUAUUCUUGAACAAUUACACGAAACAGAAGUCUUCAAAUUCAUUCAGAGCCUUAUUAGAGAAUCUGUGCUGAGAAUCCUUCGUCCGGAAGCGGCACUGCAAGUCAAGAAGCUCAGUGACCAAGAUCUAAUUUGUCAUUCUAUGAUCUACCACUUUCUCAACAGCAGCGGCUAUAAAGCUGCAGCGGAAGUUAUGCAAGCAGAAUGCUAUGAGAAGUUCCUGACAAGAGAUUACCUACAUCAGACCAUAGAAUCGUAUGAAGAUGAUUCAGUAACGAAAAGUCUAGCGAAGUUCCAAGCGAAAGCAGGCCUGCCGUUGAAGAGAGCGAUUGUGAAGACAAAUGAGACACCUCCCUUGAACAUUUUUAAACCCAAACCGGACGGAGAGUUUGAAGAUACAAAAGAAUCACUGAGAGGAUCUGUCAUGGAAUUUGCCAAAGAAUCGGUGGAGAAGAAGCAGGAGCUGAGACAACAAGAAGAAGAGGAAGUAAGCGAUGAAGAGGUGGAAGGUGAAGAUGAAGAGGAGUCUGGCAGUGAGGAGAAGUCAUCAUCGUCUUCAACAACUGCGGAAUCCGAACCGCCUUCACAUUUACCACCACUAACUGGAUCUCGUCCUAAACCUCAGCUGACAUCUAUAAAAUCAAUAGAUUUUGACAUACCACAGCUGGAAAAAAGUCCUUCCACUCAAUCAGUGGAAACUCCAAUAGCAUCACCUAGCCCCAUUCCGGCCACAACAUCGACGAAUGAGAAAGGAGAGACAGAAAAAAAGCCUCCAGAUGACGUUGAAGAACUCAGCGAAAUAGAAUCUCUUACUGGUAUUGACCAACUUUUGGAAUCGGAUCGGUCUGGUAGCAUUUCAUUCUAA